GCAUCUCAUCUCCCCAUGCUCCUCCGCCUCCUCUCUUCCGCCACUCGCGCCACCAUCAUCGCAGCCAAACCUCACCCGCCCCAAACCCUAGCUGCCGCUGCUGCCACCUCAACCACCCGCCGGCUCGCGGGCAUGGCGGGGAGCCGGGAGGCGUUCCGCGUGGCGGUGGCCAACACGCUGGAGCGGCGCCUCUUCUACGUGCCGUCCUUCAAGAUCUACGGCGGCGUCGCCGGCCUCUACGACUACGGGCCGCCAGGGUGCGCCGUCAAGGCCAACGUACUCGCCUUCUGGCGCCAGCAUUUUGUUCUGGAGGAAGGGAUGCUGGAGGUGGAUUGUCCAUGUGUGACGCCAGAAGUUGUCUUGAAGGCCUCUGGCCAUGUGGACAAGUUUACAGACUUAAUGGUUAAAGAUGAAAAGACAGGGAGCUGCUAUCGUGCUGAUCACUUACUCAAGGACUUCUGUAAGGAUAAGCUUGAGAGAGACACCACAUUGUCACCAGAGAAAAUAGAAGAAUUAAACCAUAUUCUUGCUGUCUUGGACGAUCUUUCGGCAGAACAAUUAGGUGCUAAGAUCAAGGAGUAUGGAAUUGUUGCUCCUGACACAAAGAAUAUAUUGUCAGAUCCGUACCCCUUUAAUCUCAUGUUUCAGACAUCCAUUGGACCAUCGGGUUUGAGCGCAGGGUAUAUGAGGCCAGAGACAGCACAAGGUAUCUUUGUUAACUUCAAAGACUUGUAUUACUACAAUGGAAACAAGCUACCCUUCGCUGCAGCCCAAAUUGGCCAGGCCUUCCGUAACGAGAUAUCUCCUCGUCAAGGCCUUCUGCGAGUACGUGAAUUUACAUUAGCAGAGAUUGAGCACUUUGUGGACCCAGAGGACAAAUCCCACCCAAAGUUUAGUGAUGUUUCUGAUCUGGAGUUCCUGAUGUUUCCCAGAGAAGAGCAACUGACAGGAAAAUCAGCCACAAAACUUAAGCUUGCCGGAGCUGUAUCUGAGGGAACUGUGAACAAUGAGACCCUUGGCUAUUUUAUUGGAAGGGUUUAUCUCUUCUUGACGCAACUUGGCAUUGACAAAGACCGUCUACGGUUCCGACAACAUCUGCCAAAUGAAAUGGCUCACUAUGCCGCUGAUUGCUGGGAUGCAGAGAUUGAAUGUUCAUAUGGGUGGAUUGAAUGUGUUGGAAUUGCUGAUAGAUCUGCAUAUGACUUGCGUGCCCACUCGGAUAAAAGUGGUGUUCCACUUGAAGCACAUGAAAAAUUUGCAGAACCAAGAGAAGUGGAGAAGUUAGUUAUAACCCCAUCAAAGAAGGAGCUAGGUCUUGCAUUCAAAGGGAACCAAAAGAUGGUUCUCGAAGCAUUGGAAGCCAUGGGUGAGACUGAGGCUUUGGAUAUGAAAGCAGCUUUAGAGUCUAAAGGGGAGGUUGAGUUUAAGGUUUGUACCCUUGGGAAAGAUGUCACCGUAAAGAAAAAUAUGGUUUCAAUUAACCUCGAGAAGAAAAAGGAACAUCAAAGGAAGUUCACUCCUUCCGUCAUAGAACCAUCAUUUGGCAUAGGGAGAAUUAUUUACUGCUUGUUCGAACAUUGCUUUUAUCAAAGGGCUGGCAAGACAGAUGAUGAGCAAUUGAAUGUGUUUGGUUUCCCCCCUCUAGUUGCUCCAAUUAAGUGUACCGUGUUUCCACUGGUCAAGAUUGAGAAAUUUGAUAUUGUUGCCAAGAAAAUUUCAAAAGCAUUGACAACAGCAGGGAUUUCUCACAUUAUUGAUAUCACAGGUAACUCAAUUGGUAAGCGGUAUGCUAGGACGGAUGAAAUUGGUGUCCCCCUGGCGAUCACGGUCGACUCGACUACAAGCGUGACUGUCCGGGACCGGGACAGCAAGGGUCAGAUCCGCGUGGAGGUUGAUGAGGUGGCCUCAGUUGUGAAGGAAGUGACGGAUGGGCAGAGCACCUGGGCAGACAUCAUGUGGAGAUACCCAGCACAUACUGCCUCGGCUGCUGACGAGGAAGAAGCUCCUGAAACCUGAAAACUACAGUAAAAAAAGUGUCCAAUUUACUGAUGGUUGAUCUCCUGAGUUUCUAAUGCCUGUUGACAUAACACAAAUGCUGAUAGAGCAUCGUCCUGUAGUCCUGCAACCGGUUUCCUUCGCACAUGAAUCUCAUCUGUUUCUGUUAAUAUUUACUGUUUCUGCAUGUAUAUGUCGUGUGAUUAAUAGUAAUGGGCAAAACAUACCUUUUCUUUUGGUCA